AUGAAUAAUAAUCUUUUUGGAGUAAUCCAUGGAAAAAAUAUGAAACAAAUAACAUUGAAAAAUAUUGAUAUCGAAGCUAAUAUCGUUGAUAUGCUUGCGGAAGUGAAAAUUACCCAAACUUUUAAGAAUGAAACCCCAGAAACUCUUCAAACGGAAUAUACUUUUCCAUUAAUCUCAUCCGUGGCGAUUUAUAAAUUCGAAGUUGAAGUUGACGGAGGAAAAACCAUCAAUGGUAUAAUUAAAGAAUCUUACGAAGCCAAUCAAGAAUUUAAUGAGGCAGUUAAACAAAAUAAUAACAAUUCGGAUAAACGAGCCUCAAAUAAUAAAUCCGAUUUGUUUCAAUUUAGUAUUGGAAAUUUAAAACCGUUUCAAACAACUGUUAUUAAAAUCACUUAUUUAACAGAACUUAAGAAUGACGCUGAUAUUGAACAAGUUCGAUUUAUUCUUCCUGCAACUUUCAGGACGCCUCGACACAAGUUAUCAAAAGGUUCAUUCUUUCAUAAGAAUAAUAAUAAUAGCGAAUGCCCUAUUUCUAUAAUUAUUACUUGCAAAACGACGUCAGUAAUAAAUAAGAUUGAAUCCCCCUCUCAUUUUAUUUCAACUGAAUGGAAUAUUGAUGGAAAUUCUAAAAUUGCACGUAUUACUCUAACCAAGGAUGUUCAAUUGUUGGAUAGAGAUUUUGUUUUAAUAAUCAAAAGCAAAGAUUUAGAUCAACCAAGAGCAUUUUUGGAAUAUAAUGAGAAAACUUCUUCAAAUUGCAUAAUGCUUACUUUCGUUCCAACUUUUUCAAUGACAACCGUUCGAUCAGAAUUAGUAUUCAUAGUAAACACAUCUUCAUCAAUGCGAAGAGAUGCAUUGAAAUUUCGUAAAACGAUACAAUCUCUAGAAUUCUUAUUAUAUUCUCUUCCGCAAGAUUGCUAUUUCAAUAUAAUUUCAGUUGAAGACAAUCAUUAUAACACGCUUUCUGACAAAAGUCAUCAAAAAAGCAAAACAAUAUUUUCGAAAGCACUUGGGUUUAUUAAGAAUUUCGAGUUGGAAUAUAAUUACGAAGAAUGUGAAGCAUGUGAAACCGUUGAUAUUUAUGAGCCGUUGAAAUGGGCCAUUGAAAAUUCUUUGUCAGACAUGCCGUCCACUUUAUUUCUUUUAACAGAUAAUAACGUUGAAAAUAGAGAUGUAAAUAUUGGAGAUUUUGUAGGUUGUGAGAAUCUCAUAGAAACUUUAACGAACGUCGGAAGAGGUUACACACAAUUUCUUGCAACAAAUGAAAGAAUUGAAAAGAAACUACGAGGUAUGUUACGAAAUGCUGUUACACAUCCAAUUACAGAUUGUAGACUUAUUUGGACGGCAGCGAACGGAGAACAAGAUGUUAUUGAAGAAAUUCCAGCACUUUUUAGUGGAAAUAGAUUCACCUUUUAUUGCAUUGAGGAAAAUGAAGCUUCCGUUAACGAUACACUUUUACUUACCGCCAAUUCCCUAGAAGGAAUUAUUGAAUUGAAAUUUGUUAUCGAAAAUAUAGUCUUGGAAGGGAAUAAAAUUCAUGCUUUGGCAGCUAAAAAACUAAUUCAAUCUUUUCAAGAUGGGAAUUCUUAUAUUCAUAAUCAAAACAAUGGUUAUAUGAGCGAGGAACAAAUUGAAGAAGAAAUUGGUUCACUAAGUAAUUUAUAUAAUAUUGCUACAUCCCGCACGAGGAUGAAGUUAAUGGUACCUUAA